AUGCAUUACAAAUAUAAAUUGCUUUUCAAUGCAAACACUGCAGGUGGAAGUGUCAAGUGCCUCAGCGAGGUCAACGCUGCCCGUGAGGCAGCGGGGUUGGAGAAUUUCGCGGAGGCCACAAACGACAAUAAAUUAAGUGCUCCUGCAGGAGACCUAGAAGACGACACUGAGUGGAAAAAAGUUUGCGAGCACCUGAUACCAGUAAGUGGAGCAGAGUAUUCCUCAAGUCACCGGCACUAA